ACGCUCAAGUCUCAACUAUCCUCUGCGUGUUCAAACGUUGAAGUGAAACAGUGAAACCUAUUUUUCUUUUCCCAUUGUACCCAACAACCCCUUCCUGCGAGCCAACUACCAAAACUGUUUCUUGCAAGAUUUGCCAAGAGCGGAGCAUUUCUAGAACACGAAACAGUCAUCCAUCCAAAUUGUCCAGGACUAAUCUUUACUUUAAUUUCAAGAACACCCAGGAAUUUAGUUUUGGUAAGUAGGAAGUUAUGAUUCUUGUUGGUUUGUACUACAAACAUCUCAUAAAUUCAUAGCACAACUCUAGCAAUCUUCCAAGACUCCAAGUCAAUGAAAUGAAAAAUCAAAACUUUAAAUUUUUUAUUCGCAUCUUUAUCCGGAAAAUUCCUUAAUAAUUAAGAAGCGUAGUCUACUACGCAAUAGAACGAUCCCAAUAAUAUUCCCAGAUUCCCAUCAGGUAUAAAUGCAAGAGAAGACAAUUUCAGUUGCAGAAAGUCAGAAAGACUUCAAUUUUGGUGGCUAUUUUCAGCUGAUGCUGCUGUUGGAGCUAUGUUCUAUCUGUUUCUUUAUGAAUCUGUAAGUCUUUGUUUGUUUUGUUCUGCUAGUUCUUAUCUGGUUUAACUGAUUUACUGAAAUGAUGUCUGGUUAAGAACUGAGGGUUGCGAAUUUAGUGUUUAGGGAUUGAUUCAAUUUGGAUUCUUUUAGGUUCUUUGAAGUGGUUUGAACUUAAUUUAGACUGGGUAGGGCGUUUGUUUUGGUGGGAAUUGUUGAAUUUAAUCAAUUUAUGUGUUCUUGAGAGGGGGUGGGGGGUGGGGGUGUGAAUUUCUUAGUAAUUGAGCAGAUGAAUGUGGUGGGUAGAGUUAGCAGCAUUAUAACCGCGGGUGUGUACUCGGUUGCCACCCCGUUUCAUCCUUUUGGUGGAGCUGUCGACAUUAUUGCUGUAAAGCAGCAGGAUGGGAGCUUCAGGUGCACCCCUUGGUAUGUUCGGUUCGGUAAAUUUCAGGGCGUUCUUAAAGGGUCCGAGAAGGUUGUUAGGAUACAGGUUAAUGGAGUUGAAGCCGAUUUUCACAUGUAUCUUGACAACUCUGGUGAAGCCUAUUUCGUGAGGGAGGUUGAUGCUGAUAAGGAGAGUGAAUCGAACGGAGGCUUGAUAGUUUCUGAUGAAGGGUCUCAUAGGCACGAGACUAAUGAGUCCAUUGAUUCUGAGUUAGAGAGGCAAGAGGAACGUGUUGGUUCGGGUGUAGCUCUUCUAGAUAGGACAGAGUCUGGGUUAUAUGAGUUUUACGACGUUCAAUCUUCUCUUGAGGAUUCGAUUAACUUAUCAGAAUAUGGUUCCAGCCACUAUGAAAAUUUAGAUGCUGUGGAACACAUUUUAGAAUCCCAAAGUUCUAGUCCAGAAGUUGUUUUGGUGAGCGUGGAUGGCCACAUAUUGACUGCACCGAUCUCUUCAUCUGAUAAUACAGAAAAUGUAGAGCUGAGCAUGCCUCGGUUUCAUCUUGGCCCGGGUGAAAGUGCUGAUUUUCGCAAGGGGAAUGCAAAGUUUAGCACAGGCAAAGCUAAACGGGCCACUGAUUGCUCGGGUGUUACUGAAACAUCUGUACCGAGUGUUGGUUUUGAGAAUCGGGAUACAAAGUUUCAUAGGAAUGACAGUCUCGAGAGUACAUCGUCUGACAUCAAGAACGAGGAUGUUUUCAAAAGUUGUUUGGAGUUAUCAGAAUUGGCCUUGGAGAUUGGAAACAAGCCCAACCAAAAAGACACCCUUUCCUCAUUUGGAGGUUCAGAAGAGAUGUCUCAUUUGAGCCCCCUAACAAUCAAGGAAACCGAAGAUCGUUCUAACAAAUUUGGUCACGAUAACAUGUUACCUCCUGGAUCUGAUCCGUCUAGCUGUUAUCCUCUCCCAAGUGUACUGGUUGAAGUUGAAAACCUCGUGGAAAGUACAUCAAAAAUUGAUCUUACCGAUUCUGAUACUCCACAGAUUGAGGGUUCAGACAAAUGUGUUCAAAGUGAAAAUUUGGAACCACACGCGAGAGAUUCUGUUGCUGAUGCACACGGUGGUAAUAACAGGAGAUUGGAGAUCUCUCGUUGUGGGAACUUGCUUCACCCUGGAAUGGGCUCGAGUGAAGCUGCAGAAGUCUUUAAGGCAAACCGUAUAUCUGAGGAGGAAUAUAAAAGCGAUGCAGAAUCCAUAAUUAAGAAUAAAGAUUUGGUUGUUAGAAUUCGAGGGAAGUACUUGCCGUGGGAGAGGGCUGCUUCUAUUGUUCUUGGAAUGGCUGCAUAUAACUUGGAAUUACCUAUUGAAUCUACUGACGUAAUUCGAGUUGAGCGGGAUGAAGGGCCAAGAACGAGGGAAGAUGAUUCUGGGUUCAGUGGAACUCCUUCUGGACGGCGAUGGAGGCUCUGGCCAAAUCCAUUUAGAAGAGUUAAGAGUCUCGAGCAUAGAAGCAGUAAUUCAACAACCGAGGAUGCAUCUGUUGAUUCUGAAUGUACCUUACAGAACCAAGGUGUAGAAGUAGAACCAAACGCAACACCACAGGGAGGCAAAGAAUCUUCGCACAAGCAAUUUGUGAGGACAAAUAUUCCGACUUCUGAUGAAAUUGCAUCUUUGAACCUCAAGGAGGGGCAAAACACGGUUUCUUUCAUUUUCUCUACAAGGGUCCUAGGGGAGCAGAAGGUUGAAGCUCAUAUGUACCUAUGGAAGUGGAAUGCACGAAUUGUAAUUUCUGAUGUUGAUGGUACUAUUACCAAGUCUGAUGUUCUUGGUCAGUUCAUGCCUUUGGUUGGGAAGGACUGGACACAUUCUGGAAUUGCAAGACUAUACUCGGCAAUUAAGGAGAAUGGGUACCAGUUACUUUUUCUGAGUGCUCGUGCAAUUGUUCAAGCAUAUUUGACCAGAAGUUUUCUAUUCAAUCUUAAACAGGAUGGGCAAACUCUUCCAAAUGGACCGGUUGUUAUUUCCCCUGAUGGUCUAUUUCCAUCGCUGUACCGAGAAGUAAUAAAACGAGCUCCUCAUGAAUUUAAGAUUGCCUGUCUACAGGAUAUCAAGGCUCUGUUCCCUCCGGAUUAUAACCCAUUUUACGCGGGAUUUGGCAACAGAGACACUGAUGAACUCAGUUACAGAAGAAUUGGAAUUCCAAAGGGAAAGAUCUUCAUAAUCAACCCCAAGGGCGAGGUAGCCAUUAGUCACCGUUUAGAUGUGAAGUCAUACACUUCCUUGCACACUCUAGUAAACGACAUGUUCCCGCCAACAUCAAUGAUUGGACAGGAAGAUUUUAAUGAUUGGAACCACUGGAAAAUGCCAUUGCCAGAGAUUAAUGGUAGCUUGUAGGGGUUUGGUUCGUACAAGGAUGAACUCAGACCAACAUUCUUCUAAACAUCUUAUUACACUUUUCUUGGUGGCACACAUGCUAUAAAUUAUUAUUAUUAUUAUUAUUAUUAUUUUAAGGAAUAAGGGUAAAAAAUUAUUAUUAUUAUUAU